CCUCAUUCAUUACCAUUGAAAUCAGGAAAGGCGAAAUGCACAGUACAAAAGUGCACUUAAUAUAUUAAGGUUAGCAGAUUGUAUGACUUGGUGGCUGUGCCAGCUUGUGUCCACUCUUCAGAGCUGCCUCCAGAACAAGAUUCAUGACGAAAAACGCUAACCUGCCCUUUCUGCAUCUUGUCGAGCGCCUUCUGCGUUGCCAGGACGACUAGAAGGGGCUGACCCCGUCCACGUGACAGAGAUCCUCUCUUCUCCUGCUUCGGGGUGUAGUGUGUGCUCUGUUGUGCUGUCUGCUGCCACUGUGACAGAUUUGGGGGAAAGAGAAAGUGGUCUGCUCUGGUUUUGCCACCAGACAGUGGAGUUGGUCGUCUGGACCGAGAGAGCAGUCGGCCACUGAAAGAUGGAGCUCUCUGCGGUCGGGGAACGCGUUUUCGCCGCGGAAGCCAUUCUGAAACGCCGCGUUCGCAAGUCUCGCCUAGAGUACCUAGUGAAAUGGAAAGGAUGGGCACUCAAACACAGUACCUGGGAACCAGAAGAGAAUAUCCUGGAUGGCAGACUGAUUGCAGGAUUUGAACAGAAAGAGCGUGAGAGAGAACUCCACGGACCAAAGAAGCGGGGACCCAAACCCAAAAAUCUUCCUGCCAAGGCACGUGGAGCCCAGAAGAAAGAGACCCCCACCACUCGAGCGCCUCGCUCCACUUCUUCCUCCUCUCCUCGAGCCCCUCCAUCCUCCUUCCCCUCCGCCUCUCCAGCGCCCUCCCCUAAACUCAACUCCAUGGCAGCGACACACAAGCUGAAGAAAGACAUUCGACGCUGCACUAGUAUGUCCCGCCGCCCCUUACCUCGCACCGACCCCCUGGCCACUCCCGGAUCCUUCUCCGGCCCCAGUGGGUUCCCCUCGCGGCCCCCCGUCUCCCCCUUCUCAGAGACCGUCCGCAUCCUCAAUCGUCGCGUCAAACCACGCGAGGUCAAACGGGGUCGCAUCAUCCUAAAUCUCAAGGUCAUCGACAAACCAGGAAGUGGAGGCGGAGGAAGGGGCGGCGGGGGUAACCGGAGGGCGCCAUCUGGCUCCAUGUCCCUCCAAGGGGGUCGUCAGAACAUCCCCUCCCGAAAUAGGAUCAUAGGGAAGAGGAGUGGAGAGGCUCCGUACCGGCCCUUCCAGCCCAUGCUGGGGUUCCCCAUGUACGGGAAGCCGUUUGGUCUCCAGUGUGGCGGCCCAGGACCUCUACACCUUCCACACUCAGCCACAGGCUCCAGCACAGGGACCUCAGGGGCUAGGGACACCCAGCCACCCCUCUCUCCCUCCAGCUCCAGUGGAUUCACCACACCCGCCCAGAACCAUCCUACCCCUCCUGGACCCGCCACUGGGGCCUCUGGGUCAGCUCCCAACUUGGGCGCCCAGGCUUCGGCCUCCUCUGCCCAGUCUACCCCUAGCCACCCCCCAGAGCUCCAGAAGAACCAGAACGCUGAACAAGGACCAAACCCCCUCCUUCCCUCCCUCUCCUUUGCUUCCGGGUCCUCCUCUUCCUCCUUUGAUGAAGAGGAGGAUGAUGCUGAUGCUCUGGACCUUUCCGCUCCUCAGGAGGGGAAGAGGAAGCUUCGCCGUCGGCGCCGACAGAAACGCCAGCCGCCCUCGGUCAGUACCGCCUCCCCUCCUCACCCCCCUGGCGCCUGUCCCUCUCCCUCCAGCUCUCACAGGGUCCCCGCCGAGGGCGACCCUGACUGGCACCCAGAGAUGGUGGCGAGCAGCGCCAACGUGGUCGUGACCGACGUCACCACCAACCUCCUCACCGUCACUAUCAAAGAGUUCCCCUCCCCCUCAUCCCGCCCCUCCUCCCCCCAACCAAUACACCCAGAUAAUACCACCUCCUCCUCCUCCUCACCACCCCCACUGAAGAACCCCCCACAAUCCAAUCUGAUUUGUAGGCUAAUCUAUCGCUUUAGCCUAUCUCGCCACGCUGCCGCUAUGAAGUUCGUUGUAGUCUUGGUCGGUGCUGGAUCCGUGGUCUUCCUCGGCGCGGCCAUCUGCAUCAUCGCCAGUGUUUACCCGCGGAAAGCUGCCGCGCCCCAGGACCUGUCCGACAACGCGACUCUGUCUGCUGAGCCCUUGUUUUCCCUGGGCUCCGUGGCUCACGCCGGUACAUUGGGUGCUCUCCAUGGUGCUGAAUCCUACGAGGGCGGCGGAGGAGGCGGCAUGGGGCUCGGGCUGGGGGGUCCCUCCACUCUCAAUGAGCUCAGCCCCGGGGAGGUGACCGGUGGUGGUGGAGGGGCGCCGAAACAGUUCAGUUUCAGCCGGCUCAUCUGCACUCCGAUUCCCGCCGGAGAAUGCAAGCCCAAUAUCUUGGAGCAGCCAGCGGACGACCCUUCACUCUAUGUGGAUGAAGACUGGAGCUUCCUCCGGACCACCGCGGACGACCUUCGGCAGACGGUGGUGCAGCAGAACGGCCAAAUACUCAUGGAUCAGCGGACCAUCCGUGAGCUGACGGGGAAACUGUCGGAGUGCGAGAGCGGCCUGGAGGACGGGAGUCCCGGGCACUCCGAGCGGAGCCUGGGGGCCUGGGCGGGAAACCGCCGACUCAUGGCCGGGGAUGAUGUGAGCUCGUCGGCCGCUGUGCAGCUGCAGACCGCUAGAGCCGUGGAGGAGCUAGAGAGGGCCAUUCUCAACCUGAAAGACCGCAUCGAGAAACUGGAGUUGGAGAUCGGCCCUGCUGCCCUCAACCUCUCCGUUGAGACUCCAUCCCCCAGCGCCGGCGUGGGCGUCAGCAGUGGCAUCGGUACUAAAGUUCAAGGGUCAUCGUCAUCAGCAUCAACGACAGGAGGCGGUCGUGUCUCCUCGGGGGGCCGAAAGGCCUCUGGGGGCCCUGGCAGAGGAGGUGGAGGCCCCUGGAAGGACCUGGAAGGAGAGCUGGAGAGAAAGAUUGAGACGCUGGAGAAAGAGCGGAAGGCGCUGAGGAAAGAGACACAGACACAUCACAAACAGAUAGACCAAGGGAUUGAUACUCUACACCACCGCAUUGCAGAGCUGGAACAGAGUCUGACAGAGUACAACUACCCUGACGGCUAUGUCCUCUCCUUCCCCGUGAGGACCAGGUACAUGUACGGCCUGGUGCGGAGAGAAAUGCCUGAGAUGUAUGCCUUCACCGCCUGUGUCUGGCUCAAGGUGAAAGAGGGGGGUAUCGGCACCCCCUUCUCCUACUCCGUCCCGGGACAACCCAACGAGCUGGUGCUGCUGCAGGGGAUACACAACCCUGUAGAGCUUCUUAUCAACGACAAGGUGGCUCAGCUGCCCCUGUCUCUUGCCCAGGGUGUGUGGGAGCACAUAUGUUUGAGCUGGACCCUCAGAGACGGGGUAUGGAAGGCCUACCAGGGGGGGAAGCUGAAGGGGCGCGGAGAGGGGCUGGCCGCAUGGCACCCCAUCAAGCCAGGAGGAGUGCUCAUUCUGGGGCAGGAGCAGGACACGCUGGGCGGUCGUUUCGAUGCCUCCCAGGCCCUGGUUGGGGAGCUCUCCCAGUUCAACCUGUGGGACAGGGUCCUGAAACCUGCUGAGGUAUCCGCUCUGGCUGCCUGUUCCUUGGGCACACUGGGCAACGUGGCCCCCUGGACAGACCAGGACGUGGAGGUCUAUGGAGGGGCUACCAAGGAGGCUGUGGACCCCUGCAACCAGCCACCCCGGGCCAGCCCCAGCUCCAGCCCUAAACAGUGAAGGGUUAGAUGGGUUGGUAGAGGGGAAACUUGGUUGUUAUAAAGGGGAGCUGCUCAGUGAGGCCAGAGGGGUUAGUUGGUUUGUUUAUGCUCCUCAUAAGAGGGGGGUUUGAGGUGUUUUUCUGGGGCAGGGGUUGUGUGAUGGGGAACUGGGGUAGAGAUGGAGAGUCAGUUGAGUUGUUUUAAAGGGGCAUUGCUCUUUCCAAGAGAGGGUGGGUGUGCUUGAGGAGGAUUGAGGAGGGUCUGGGAUCAGGGGGAGUAGAGAUUAGUUGAGUAGGUGUGUUGUUAUCUGGGUGUUGUUCACCCACUGAAGGUGUUAACAUCAACAGCACUACAGCUGUUGAGAACAACACCCAGACUAGCUUUAGCUCCGUGGUGAUGUGGGAAGAUGUUAAGGGAAAGGUGCUGCUUUUUUUCACCCCUCUGAUUUGUGUUUUAGAGAGAUG